AUGUUUGGACGGAAUGCCCGCAGUGCAGAUGCAUCAUUGAAGAGUGGGCUUAUCGUCGUCACCUACUCAAUUACCAUUCAUGGGAGGAAUGCCCUUAUUGCGGCUAUCUCGCACACAGCGACGCUGCUCUUGCUGACCAUGAGAAAGAGCAUGAGCUGCGAUCUUGCGACGAAUGCUUAUCGAUGGUCACAGAAGAUGCAUAUGAUGACCAUUUACGUGACAAACAUGAACACAUCAUGGAAUAUCAUUGCAAAAUGA